AUGAGUGUCGCACGAUAUUGGCAUACAGCAUCCACAUUAGCAAAUGGAUUAGUAUUAGUUACUGGCGGAAAUAUUGUUGGUUCUGUCAAUACUGCUGAAUUGUAUAAUUCAUCAACAGGCACUUGGACAACCACUGGAAGCAUGAGUGCCGCACGAGGAGAUCACACAGCAUCCAUAUUAGCAAAUGGAUAUAUAUUAGUUACUGGUGGAUUUAACGGUGCUGCUGCUCUCAAGAGUGCUGAAUUGUACAAUCCAUCAUCAGGCACUUGGACAAUCACAGGAAGCAUGAAUGUUGCACGAGAAGAUCACACAGCAUCCACAUUAGCGAAUGGAUCAGUAUUAGUUGCUGGUGGAAAAAAUGGUGUUUAUCUCAAUAGUGCUGAAUUGUACAAUCCAUUAACAGGCACUUGGACACUUACAGGAAACAUGAGUACCCCCCGAUAUUUUCACACAACAUCCACAUUGGAAAAUGGAUUAAUAUUAGUUGUUGGUGGGCAGAACAGUAAUGUUUAUCUCGAUAGUGCCGAAUUGUACAAUCCAUCAACAGGCAUCUGGACAACUACAGGAAGCAUGAAUGACGCAAGAGCUCAUCACACAACAUCCCUAUUAGCAACUGGAUCAGUAUUAGUUGCUGGUGGAUCUAACCGUGUUGCUGGUGAAUUCCACGAUGCUGCUCUCAAUAGUGCUGAAUUAUACAAUCCAUCAACAGGUACUUGGACAACUACAUCAAACAUGAGUAUCGCACGAGAAAUUCACAUAGCAUCCACAUUAGCAAAUGGAAAAGUAUUAGUUACUGGUGGACUGUACAGCGGUGUUUAUCUCAAUAGUGCGGAGCUUUAUUAA